UGAAAAAAUGAUGACGCUAUCUCUUGCAGCAGGUAAGACACUUUGGUCAACUGUAUGUCUACUAAAUCUUCAUUUUUAAAUAACUAAAUAAAAAUCCUCCAUUGAUUUACACAUCUAUUUGCCGGUGAACUUUUUUGAUUAACAAAAAAAAAAAAACUAUUGGUGGUUGAUGCACAUAAUAACCUGGAACAACAUGGCCAAAAAUAUAUCUGCUUUAAUAGAAAGUAAUAAUCGGGCAUCAUAAUUCAUGGGCUGAUCGUUAAAGGAUUUUUAUAACCUUAUACUAACAAACUUUCCCCUCUGCAGGUCUUUGCUUGAUCUUCGCCAGCUUGGGUAAGUUCAUUACAGACAUCAAACACAACCACAGCUCUGCUUGCACAUACACAAUACCCAGUGGUCGACAGAUGAUCGUAAAAACAAGAAGGACAUUGAUAUGACUAAUCUCUUCAAAAACUACUAUUCUCAUGAUUUUCCAUCAUCCCUUAGCUUCUUCUACAAGCAGGCUGGUGUGUUACUUCAACAGUGAGGCUGAAAGAAGGCCCGCCAUGGGGAAGAUGACUGUGUCAGAGAUUGAUCCGAACCAGUGCACCCAUCUGGUUCUUGCCUUUCACGGCAUACGUGAAAAUGAGAUAGCAGCUAUGAAUGAAACGGAUAUUCAACAGUAUUCAGACUUCAAUGGACUCAAAACCCGGUCAGUACUUCAGCCAACGGAUACUGUGGAAACUAAGGUGUUCCAUAUUUUUUGCGAUAAACAUAACAAGACAUAACACUGACAUUAAACAAUUUCUAUGCUCUCAUAGUAAUCCACUUUUGAAGACCCUGGUAGCUGUUGGUGGCCCGAAUGUCAACCCACAAGAGUAAGUUCUCUUUUCAAACGCUCAGGCACUUUUGGUCUUACUGGUUCUCACAUGCCUAGAGGUUUUUGCCAGAAACAUAAAUUGUUAUUUCUAAUGUUUGCAAAAUGUAUGGUCAUUUCCAAAGGAGGCCAGUAACUGUGCAUGAUGAUGAUAGGCUCAUGCUGUGGAUUAUAUUUGUUAUUAUCAUCACUAGUGGAAAACACAGUUAUGAAGUAGAGGUGUGAAAAGCACUAAUUCACCUUUUCUUUUACAGGUUCAGUUCAGUGAUGAAUUCAAUGGAGAACGAAAGGGCAUUUAUCCUGUCUGUCGGCAGAUUAUUGAGAUUAAACAAUUUUGAUGGAGUAGUCAUUGACUGGAGGUACCCUGGAGGCCAGCCACAGGACAAGACUCAAUUCACAAAGCUGUGCAACGUUAGAGGCAUUUCCAGAAACAUUCCAUUAUCUUACUGCUGUAUGAAAAUAUUUAUAUCUAAUGGAGACAAAACCCCACUUCUGUGUUGUACAGGACUUAAAUCAGGCAUUUAUGAUUGAAGCAAGUGCAGUCGAACUGGACAAACUCCUGGUAGUAGCAUCUGUCUCUGCUGACAGAGAAACCAUUGACAACGGCUAUGAAGUGGAGGAGAUUGCCAAGUAAAGAGUUUUCUAAGUAAUCACUGUCUGCCUACAAUUUAUGAGUGUUAUUUGUCAGUGAAGGUGAUGUCCUCUGCUUGUUAUUAGGUCCCUGGAUUUUAUUAAUGUGCUGACGUUUGACUUCCACGGCCCCUGGGAAAGCACCACAGGACAUCACAGCCCCUUGUUCCAAGGAUCACAGGACACCGGAGACAAAAUCCACUCAAACACUGUAGGCAUGAGGGUUAAAAAUUUCAUUUUCUUACACAAGUUUUUAUAUUUUAUUUUGACGUUUGGUUUGCACGUUUUAGGACUCUGCCCUGAAGUACUGGCAGGCCAAGGGAGCACCCGCAGAGAAGCUGAACAUGGGGCUGGCAGCCUAUGGGCGAGCUUUUUCCCUCUCAUCUGACUCCACUGAUGUUGGAGCACCAGCAAGUGGUCCUGCUGAGGAAGGCUGCUACACCGGUGAAGAAGGACUUUGGGCCUUUUAUGAGGUAUGACUGCAAGUUAUAAGUAUUUGCAGUUUAUACCGUGAUCGUCAUUAUCUACCCACACUUUCCAUGUAUUUGUUGUGUUGUAAAUCAGUCUACCUUGAUUCAAUCUAAAUAAGAAAUCGUGCCUUUCUUUUUAGACCUGCCUUUAUCUCGAGGAGGGUACAGUAAAGGGCAUUCCUGAUCAGAAAGUUCCUUAUGGCGUAGCAGAAGGUCAGUGGGUUGGAUAUGAUGAUGAAAACAGCCUGGAUGACAAGGUAAUCAUCAUCUCUAUCCAAAAUCCAUUAAUCAGUGGCUAAUUUGACAAUGUCAGGUGGCACAAAAGUUAGAUUUUAAUGAUUUUUUUUUUUUUUGCUCAGGUUGAUUACCUCGAGGCAAACAAUUUUGGAGGGGUUGUAGUCAUGUAUCUAGACUUCGAUGACUUCACUGGACAGUUCUGUAAAAGGGGUAAAAGCCCCUUCAUCAGCAAACUGCAUGAUCGCAUUGUGACAGGUAAUGACACUGCAGAAACUGUUCAUCAUAAUUUGUCUUACAAUUAUGGUUUUAGUGUGUAUAAUAUUUUGUUUAAUUCACCUCUGAGUUGUCAACUAAAUGCUCAACUACAUGUAUUAGUUUUACUUUAUUUUAUUCACGUGCGUAGUUUCUAGGUAGCAAUAACUGCUAAUGCAAAGACUUUCCACAAAAUGACACAAAAUGGUCACCCAAAGGAAGCUCAAUUUACUCAAUAUACACAUCCUUUUCUUACAGGUUCCUCUCAAUUACCCAGUACCUCUACAACUCAACCAGCUACAACCACAUCUCCACCUACAACCAAAGCUACAACUACUAAAACUACAACCACAUCUCCACCUACAACCAAAGCUACAACUACUAAAACUACAACCACAUCUCCACCUACAACUGCUAAAACUACAACCACAUCUCCACCUACAACCAAAGCUACAACUACUAAAACUACAACCACAUCUCCACCUACAACCAAAGCUACAACUACUAAAACUACAACCACAUCUCCACCUACAACCAAAGCUACAACUACUAAAACUACAACCACAUCUCCACCUACAACUGCUAAAACUACAACCACAUCUCCACCUACAACCAAAACUACAAUCAAAACAAAAUCUAAUGGAGAAAUCUGUGGGAGUGGUGAGAGUGGGAUUUACCCUGACCCUGACAGUAACACCCAUUUUUACAACUGUGAUCAUGGUAGUGCAACUCGCCAAGAAUGUUCUUCUGGUUUGGUCUUUAAAGAGCCUUGCAAAUGCUGUGAUAAUCCCUAA